AUGUCUUCAUCAAGCAAGUUAUCAUUGAUUAUUUUCUUUACCUUCUCCUUAUUCUUCAAUGGAAUCCUAGGUCAAUUAUUAACAUGCGAGGAUUUACCAGUCAACGUUUGCGCAUUCGCGGUGGCAUCCUCGGGUAAGAGGUGUUUAUUGGAGAAUUUUGAGAAUAAAGAUGGAAACUUAGACUACCAAUGUCGAUCGUCCGAGGUGGUGGCUCCGAUGAUGAUGGCUGAGCACAUCGAGACUGACUCAUGUAUCGCGGUUUGUGGGGUCGAUAGAAAAUCAGUUGGAAUCUCGUCUGAUUCAUUGAUGGAGCCUCAUUUCACUGCCAAACUAUGUUCUCCCGAAUGCUACACCGGUUGUCCAAAUAUUGUCGAACUUUACUUCAAUUUGGCCGCUGGUGAAGGUGUGUUUUUGCCGGACCUCUGCAUGAAGCAAAUAUCGAACCCUCACCGUGCCAUGAUCGAACUCCUUAGCUCUAGCGCAGCCGAGGUCGAGCGUUCAGCCCAUGCUCCUAUUUCCACUUAA